UUGUCAUGCACAAUUUAUUUUUAAGUACCAUCGGAAAAGUGUACAAUUUUCCUUAAAAGAAAAAAUUCCAUACGGUUUGAUCAACUGCGGAUGGCUAAUAUAUGCAUAUGAGUGAGAGAGUAUAUUGUUCCGAACGAAAAUGAAUCCAAUUGCAAAUGCCCCAGUGUUUCAAGCUGCUACAGCAGCUGCAGCCGCUGCGGCUGCUUGGCUGAAUACUCCUGGAAAGGAAGACUCGGAGGAGUUUGUCGUGCCGAAUAUAACUGAGAGCAGCCAAUGGGCGAUGGAGGAAGCUGGUUUCCUUGAUGGUGAGAUUCAGCGUACUGUUCGUUCUAACGAAGACUAUGGUGAAUACCCUCGAUAUGGCUGGGUUGAUAUAACGAAGGAGUUCUUUGAAGCCUGCGCAGAGCUAAAUUUAGGAGAGUUAGCACAAGAUAUGCUUUUCGGGUUAUUCGAAGCUAUGUCUGCAAUUGAAAUGAUGGACCCCAAAAUGGAUGUAGGAAUGGGCUAUAAUAAAAAUGAUGCGUUGCCUCAUACUUUUGAAUCCGCUGUAGAGGCAGGUGUUUUAAAACUAGAUAAUUUGAGCAAUGAAGAAUUGAUAGGCACUUUCGAUGCCCUUUUUGCAUGUAUCGUAUCUUGGUUGGAAGGAAAUUCUAUGGAUCAAGUAUUGUUUACCUGUCUCUACUUGCAUCAGCCAAGCAGCAUCAAAGAUAAAUCACUUCGAUCCUUCUGUCAUGCCAUAAGGAAUCUUAUAGUUAUUAUAAAGAAUAUAAUUAUAAUUAGUAGUGUGAACGAAGAAGAAGAUUUCCAGCUUUAUGGGAAUUCCUCUUUCUUGGCAGCUGAAGACUGUCAACCGACAGCAGUACCAACUCAGCUUAAAGAAGCUGAGGACGAUUUAGUUCGAAUUAGCAAAACGGAGAAACAACCAGAAUCUACAAUGGCAGUGGUGCAUCGGCUACGAUUUAUGCGCCAUUUUUACCAAUCAAUUUUUCAGUUUGAUUGCGUCAUGGCAAGUGCACCAACUGAGUCUAGUAUGAAUGAAAUUUACAAAAAUUUGAACGCAUCUCUCGAAUUAAUACCCCAAAUAAAACGCUCAAUCGAAAAGGGUAUACAACCUAUUCCAAAUUCUGACUCUCCAAAUCCAAUUGGUUUCUCGCCUCGAAUACACGACAGGAGCCAACCACCAACAUUUCCACGAAAUGUAAAAAUUCGUGAUCGCCCCACUAGUAUACAAUUUCUAGAGGACUUAGUGCAUCGGCUGAAGUAUGCUUGUAAAGUAGUUCGUUUGCGGGAUUAUUACUCAGCUUUGAAUUUUUUCAUAGAAUUCAGUAAGAAAUCUGGACAAUGUGUACUCUCACGAAGUGUACUACAGGGAUUGUUCAUCUCUAAUCGUCGACUAAUUUUCGGAACAAUUCCAAUUAAAGACUUUCUAUGGGAUUCAGUUCGUGCUUUUAACUCUCCACCAGUCCUGAACCCAAAACAUCCUCUGGCAUCAGAUCCUAAGAUACAAAUGCACUUAGAUACUUUCUUUCGGUACUGCAUCAGUUUGAACACAUUUACUCAGUUUAUACGUAUUUGUGGUUUCAAUCGAGCCCGACAGCGUGAUAAAUUGGCACGUUUUGUUGAUAGUUUUGAUUCGAUACAGGUGGAGGCGGCAAGAUUGGACUCUCAUAUGACCAUUAUGGCUAACGAAAAAGCUGCCGAAGGCAAUGAAGCACAUGCAACUGCACUUAAGCACAGUUCUCAGUUUGCAACUUGGGUUUUAUACAACUGUUUUCGAGCAAUGUUGUUGUACUUGAUGUCUGGCUUUGAGUUAGAACUAUAUUCUGUACAUGAGUUCAUGUAUAUUUAUUGGUAUCCACAUGAGCUCCUGAUAAGCUUUAUGAUAUCAGCCUUGACACGCACAGAAAAUAAUCUUCUUGUUCAAGAAGAAUAUGCAGAGCACCAAAGCAAACUGCAAGGAAUCAAUUCGAAAAAUCGCAAGCCUAAACUAAAAAAGAAUAAGAAGCAACAAAAACCGUACAGACAAGAAAUCGUUUACUAUCAUGCAUUGUCAAAUAUGUGUGGAGGAUUUUACAAAGCUCUGGGAGCUCUGACCAAAGACGGACGAAUACGACAACCUAUGCCAAAGUUCGAUAAUGAGGAAAUUCGUUUUAACCGAAGGUUUGUUCCUUUCGCUACUUUAACCAGUCCGCCUCCGGUUUCUUAUGGAGAGUUUAAAAAUAUAAGAGAACAUAUGAUGCGACCACCGUCCUCAGAAAUUUAUGCGAUAGCGGCAAAGCAUUUCGACCAAGCGAAGAAUGUACUGGAGUCUAUACAAAACCCUGAGCAAGAGAUUUUAGAUAUGCUUCAUGUCGCUAAAGUAAAUUACGUUGUCAUGAAUGUUUUAGCAAAAGGUCACCAAAAGGAUUCAAAGACACAACCCGAUUUCGACUUCUCUAAGCAUCGUCAUUUUCCCAUCAUAAAGUUAAAUUGACAUAAAAUUAAGGUUUAUUUAUUUAGGUAAUCUUACUAAAUAUUCAAGUGUAAGGAUAUGAUUCCGCCUAAUUUUGUUUUGACCGUAGACUUUGUGAUCACAGUCUAGCAAAUAUAUUCAUACAAUCAGAGUGCAUAAUGUCGACCCAUAAAA